CAGUAUUUCUAUCAUCAACCAACAAACAAGCAAUACAUCCAAUAACUUGAACCUUUUCAUAACAUCUUCAGAAGCUUCAAAAGGAUUCAAACUUUCAAAAAAAAACUAGAAAUGGCUUUGGUGAGAAGUCUGUUGGGUGCAAAGAAGAUUCUUGGAGCUGCAACAAGCAAAAGAGCAACCUCGGCUGCACCAAAAGGGUUUCUUGCGGUGUAUGUAGGAGAAAGUCAGAAGAAGAGAUAUGUGGUGCCAAUCUCAUAUUUGAGCCAACCUUCGUUUCAAGCUCUUCUCAGUAAAGCCGAGGAAGAGUUUGGGUUCGAUCAUCCAAUGGGUGGCUUAACGAUCCCAUGUCCUGAAGAUACUUUCAUCACUGUGACUUCUGGGCUUCAUUGAUGAUUAUCCAUCAUUUUGUUCUUAGAAUUAGAGUUAGACUUGUUCCUUGUAAAUAGAGGAGAUUUUUUGUUACUUUUUCUUCUUAAAAGAAUUGUUUGAAAAAUGUUGGAAGUAAAUACCAUUAUUCUGUUAUAGACACAAUCAUGAUUCAUGUUA